AUGGCCCAGCCAGGUGCAGCGUACGCCGCCGUCCGCAGCCCAGCGUACCUCCGCUUUGGGGGCAGUGACGCGAUCCACCAGCCCAGGCUCUUUCCUCGCAUGGCAGCAGCUCGGACGGCUUCUACCAAAUUUAAGACGCGCACACCGUUGGGCGCCUGCAAACGGAGAGGUAGUGACGGGCACUGGAACUGGUUCAGUGAGUCAGGAGGUUCCCCGCCAGCUGGGGAGUCAGGGGCCCGAAAAGCUGGAGGUACACACCAGGACCGGCAGGAGGAGGAAGGUGCUGUGGGCGGGCUCUCGGAAGCAGGGAAGCAUUCCCUCCCUGCAGAUGACUGUUCCCACAACCUGUACCUAUUUGACCAAAAGGAAUGGGUGUGCAUGCACUACAAGUGGCACAUAAAAAAGCAAGCGAGGUCCCCAAAGGAGGAAGGGUACAAGCUGAUGUACGGCAUGCUCUUCUCUAUCCGCUCCUUGAAGGACGGCUUCCUGGCCUUCCAAACUAGCCGUUACAAACUUCAUUACUACGAGACUCCCACUGGGAUCAAGGUUGUCAUGAAUACUGACUUGGGCGUCGGACCCAUCCGAGAUGUACUGCAUCACAUCUACAGUGCGCUGUAUGUGGAGCUGGUGGUGAAGAAUCCCCUGUGCCCGCUGGGCCAAACUGUGCAAAGUGAGCUCUUCCGCUCCCGACUGGACUCCUACGUCCGCUCUCUGCCUUUCUUCUCUGCCCGGGCUGGCUGAAGGAAGCACUCUACCUCACCCUCCAGGAGACUCGCUGUCUGCCUGGGGCGCUGCCUAACCUGUUUGACAUGAGGGCUCCCACUGCAUGCCCCUCUACCCCCUCAAGCUCCCCAGCAGCCCUCCCAGGACAGCAGCCUAAAGCCCUCCCUGGUGCCCUCCCGGCCCAGGUAGGAAGCCCGCAGGAAUCCUCACACCUCCAAACCAGGCCCUCUCCAGUUUUAUCUCCUACCUGAUGCUGCAAAAGUACAGAAUAAACUUUUGGUAACCCUUUGCA